ACACUCUGUCUUUGUCUGUGUCUGCAGUAAUCGUCCAUGAUGCUCAGAGCUGCUCUGCUCAGUGUCCUCUUCUGCUCUGUCAACAACUAUGUGAUACAGGUAAGCAUGACAGACAUCAUAGAUCAGUUUAAAGGGAAUGAUACUCAAUCAUUAUUACCACCUGUUUAUAAAUGUUUCAUCUUCAGUUUAUAAUUUAUGUACAUCAAAUAUGGUCUGGACUUUUUUAAUUUGAAUGAGAACACAGACCUCAUUUUGAACCUCUGUUUUUCUUCUUACAGGAUUUUUUGGAAAAGACUGAAGAGUCCUCUGGUGAGAUGCAGCUUCAUCCAGACAACAAUAUUUAGAAAAAUAAACAAAAGUAGUUUGUUCUGAAAUAUAAAACAGACUCUGUGUCAUCUGCAGGAAACAGCAUUGAUGAUGAUGACUUCAGCGUCUCCACGCUGUUGGAGAAGGCAAACCAAAACGCUGGUAUGUUCAUCUCCUCAUUAACUGUUUGGUGGAUUUGUUGAUGAUCAAUAAUUGUCCAUUGAAAAAACUGAAUCUAAAACUAGCAAUAAUGAUGUGUUAGUGAUUCAUUCACACUGAAAUAUGUAAAGAAAAUAUAAAGAAACAAAAGUCCCACUUUGCAGGUAAGGUCCCCGGAGAUCCCCUGGUGCUGUAUGGAGACAUAGCAGUGCCUUCAGGCCUGCAGAACGCUGACCCCUGUACACAGAGAGGCUGCCUGUGGCCCAAAGCCAGCGAUGGCAAUGUCUACGUCCCAUACCGCAUUGGCUCAGAGUUCUGUGAGUCCCAACAAAUGAUCAUUAAAAGAUAAUAAAGACAAGCAUGCUUUGAUCUUAAAUUCACAACCCAGCACAAGUCCACACAGAGGAUCCAAGGUUUGUUGUAACUAUGGUAACAGGAGAAAAAAUACACCAAUCUAAUGAGAAAUUAUCCUUUUUGUCAAGCUCGAAGAGAGAGAAAUACCAUUGUUCAGGGUUUGCGGUCAUUCGCCCUCUCCACCUGCAUCCGCUUCACCCCACUUAACCGACAGCAGGACUUUGUGGACAUCAGAUCUCUCUCAGGGUGAGGACCACAAAUUUGUCUAAGCUAAGGGAAAAGGAUCUGAGCCCUCCUCAGGUGUUUAAAUGUUUGUGAUGUCCUUUUUCAGGUGUUUCUCUUUUGUCGGCCGCCGUGGUAGGAACCAGACAGUGUCUCUGAGCCGUCAGGGUUGUGUUUUCCAUCAGAUCAUCCAACAUGAGCUGCUUCAUGCCCUGGGCUUUGACCACGAACAGACACGAUCUGACAGGGACCAGCAUGUUCGCAUCCUGCUCCAGAAUGUCAUCCGUGGUGGGUCUGACUGAAACUUCUGGCUUCCUUUAUUUAGAUCUCUAGAAACCCUGUGUACUCAAAGAGAGAUAUGAGUCAUUUUCAUGCUUGCUGGACUUGGUUUCAUGUUUGACUGUCAAAUUGCUCCCAAUGUAAACAGGAGAUAAAGUGUGACAGACUUUUCCAAUCUCUUUCAGGAAUGGAGUUCAAUUUCAGGAUAAUUCAGACAAACAACCUCAACACUCCCUACGACUACAACUCUGUCAUGCACUAUUCCAGGUAAUGUCUCAGUUCAGUCUGUUACAACACACUGCAACAACAAAACCCCAACACCAAAAUAGAUCUGUUACAGUUAGCCAUCUAGUCUUUACAGCUUUGUUAUAGUCUGGUUUUGAUAUGCAUGUUUCUGCUCUGAAACAGUCUGAAUGCUGCUUUAAUCUAAUUUACCAUUUAUAUGUCAACUCUCAGCGGUCACUCAGUGCCGCACUGCAAAACUGUAGGCCUUAGGCUGAGCACCACCUCAAAGGCUCAGGGCAUGUUGAUCCUGUAAGGUGCAAAAGUAACCCUCUCAUCCAGUCUGUUUUUGCCCCUUAGGUUCGCUUUCACAAGAAACAACCAGCCAACCAUCAUCCCAAUCCCUGACACCAAUGUCGCUAUUGGCCGGGCUACAGAGAUGUCUCCCACAGACAUCCUGAGAGUGAACCGCCUUUAUCGCUGCAGUACGUACCAUUUUUGGCCUUAUACCUCACCAACUAAGUGACUUUUCUAUUACAGCCCACAGCAAUUUGUUUCUGCUGAACUGCCAAAAGCAAAUCUGUCGAAUAGAUAUCACACAUGAAAUACACAAAAAUGGCCACCAUAUCAACCAACGUUUCUUUAUAACCUGCAAAGAAAUAAUAUAAUUAUCCGUGACAGAAUUGCUUAUUUUAUACACUAAAAUACAGUGUCUGCAUUUGGGUGGGAUUUUCUGUGUUAGAAGCUGAACUGAUAGUCAGCAACAUUUGCUCAAACCAACACAUUAGUUUAUUAGUCUGCAAAAAUAGUCUUUAACAAAGAAUGUCGAUUAUUUUUAUUUAUUUGCUGUCCGAACAAAUACACACUGUAGGAGUAGCCACAUGGCGCUCAUGGGAAAUGCAGUCUUAAUCCUGGAAAAACUACAGAUUUGAUCCAAAGGGAUCACUGGAGCCAACAUCAUAUGAAAACUCCUCACUGUGCCUUUAACUUCUACUUUUGAAAAAUCACAUCCACUAAAAAUAAAAUUGCAUGAUUUUUAAAAAAAAUACAUGAUUAUAAACUUUUUGAUUAGACAUACAGUUCUUUGUCUAAGUCCCUAAAUAAUAAAUGGGCUACAUAGCCAACCAUUAAAGUAAUGUUAACAAACAGUGUAUUAACCAAUGAACCACUGCAACCCUGUUGUCGAGCAGAUUUCAGCAUUAAUUAAACUUUAUUUAUAAAACACCUGUCAUACAUACUUACAUGCAGAGUGCUUUACAAGAGAACAGAAAAUGAGUGACAGUUAAAAGGAUGACAGAAAUACCAGAGUAAAUUAAUGUAUAUAUACAUAAUAAACAGAGAAAAUAAGAGAAAUAAAAUAAGAUAAAUUGGUUUAAGACUAUGGUAAUCAAUAAUUUCUAAUACAUCUUCUUUAUCAGUUUGUCAGUAGUGAUUAAUUUAAUCGACUGCAUAACGGUAAUAGGCGCCAUUGUGCUGUAUUCAUAUACGGGAGCAAGUUUCCCUCUGGUAACUGAGCACAGAUGAGUGUUUAUGAUCCUUAACUACAAAAAAAAAGCAACUUUGAAGAGUUAAUGUUUGUUUGUGAAUUAAAUUUAGAUGUGACUGCUCCAACACCUGACCCUCAACCUGAGCAAAAAGACACUUUUUUCUGAAAGUGGAGGUUAGUGGAAGUUUUCAUGUUAUCUGAUAUAAAACAUCUGAGGAUUACAGACUGAAUACUUAUGUAGAUGUUAACAGGUUUUAUGAGGUUCCUUUAUUUUAUAUCUAUAACUGACCAAAGUGGGAAUAAAAGGGUUAAUGUUUCAUGCGGCUUUCGAACCACUUUACCGUUGGAGCGCAUUUCACAUUUCAAAGCCUUAUGACUGCACAGACCUGAUUUUUUCCUAUUUUUAAUACUCUCUUUUUGUUUGUUUGCUUUUGUAUCAACAGGAAGGAGAGGAAUGGAAGGCUAAGGCAGCUUUUUUUCCAACAAGCAGACGCAGAUACAUGAAUCCUAAUCAGUGCUAACAUGACUUUUGAUUAAAUUAGUUUUUGUGCUUUCCUACAAUUUCCUUCACAGAAAACUGUGUGUUGAAGCUGAGACAUAUAUAAUUCCAUUAUAACUGCUUGCAGCCUGAUGAAUAAAGAUAUAUCUUCAUAAAUGUU